ACUUGGCCUGUAGAGCAAACAGCACGAUGAACGCGUAGCUCUGCUAAAUCUAUGGAAUUUGUGUUUUCUGAUCAUUCGGUUUCCCAGCCGUGAUUCUUUUUUGUCUUUAUAACUAUUUGGCGAUUACCUCUCUUAAAUUAUUCGCUCGGUCAACUCAAGCAACUGCAGCUGUCGCUUUGUCUACAUCAGAGGGGAAUGGAGAUGACGAUACGAAAGUAAACCUGGACCUGGUUUUUUGGUUUCGGAGCCAGGUUUCCUGCACUCUGAAAGUCUGAAGAAUAUCAAGGCUCCUUUCCCUCUUGCAGUCCCUUAUGCCCAAUGACGGCUGUCUCCGGGUCACUGCAGGAUGGAUGAAGUGGAUUUGACAGUUUUUGUCUGUCACCAUCAGUGCUUGCCUCUCAGUGACUGUGUCUUGUUCUUUUACGUUUAUAAAAGAACACCUCCUCUCUUGGGCUCUGGCCCCUUACACUGUAAGAGUAACUGUUAGUAAGGAAUACCCCACGGAGGGGGCCUUCCAGCAAACUCUGUGGUUCACGUGAGCUUUUAUUACUUUUUUCAUAGGCUUUUUGUGCCACAGUCAAAAGCUGAAGGAGGAAAUUUCCGCAAAAGGUCAAGGUUUACAUUUGAGUUUUUUCACAAUCAUUUAUUUAUACAUUUAAGUUUUAAUUUUUUUUCCCUGGAGAGAUGUCGUCGGAAAAUCCCAACAAGGUGGUGACCUUCUUGGCCCCUCCACCUCCAAAGAAUGUGAACGGCUCUGGUUCGGACUCACUGGUGGGUGAGAAGCUAGACACGGAGGUCAGGAAACGACGCCACACCAUGGAUAAAGAUCUGAAGACAGCUGAGCACAGAUUUUUUAGGCGUAGCGUCAUCUGUGACUCCAAUGCCACAGCCCUUGACUUGCCCAGCAAAGCCUGCAUCCUCACCUCGCCUCCGGACUGCGAGCAGUUCAUUGUGCCUGUGGUGCUGGGUUCGGCCCCUGAUGUUACCAUUGACACCCAAGUAGGUGUUUCAGGUGUCGUAUUGGAAGAACAUGCAGAGGAUGGAAGAGCUGCAGGGGUUGAUGGAAUUGUGGAGGUACAGAGCCCAUCUGUGCAGGAUGUGGGUGCGAGGCAGAGCGAGGCCCUUGGGAUGGCGGAGAAGGAGCCCAGCGAUGUGGGCAACAAGGAGCAGGAGAGCGGAGUAGCAGACAAACGUGAGGAAGAAGAGGAGGAGAAAGGGGUGGCGAGGGCCCGUGCUGAAGCUGAGCAGAGAGAGGCUGAGAAAAAGGUUCAGGAGGAUGAAGAAGUGGAGACCAAAGCUGUGGGCACCUCACCCGAUGGUCGUUUCCUCAAAUUUGACAUCGAGAUUGGACGGGGUUCGUUCAAAACCGUCUACAAGGGCUUGGACACGGAGACUACGGUGGAAGUAGCGUGGUGCGAACUUCAGGAUCGGAAGCUGUCAAGAUCAGAGCGCCAGCGCUUUAAGGAAGAGGCUGGCAUGUUGAAAGGCCUGCAGCACCCAAACAUUGUGCGUUUUUACGACUCAUGGGAGUUGCCCUCCAAAGGCCGCAAGUGUAUUGUGCUGGUGACUGAGCUCAUGACGUCGGGAACCCUAAAAACGUAUCUGAAGCGCUUCAAGGUGAUGAAGAUAAAGGUGUUGCGGAGCUGGUGCCGGCAAAUCCUGAAGGGCCUGCACUUCCUCCACACCAGGGCUCCUCCCAUCAUUCACCGGGACCUUAAGUGCGACAACAUCUUCAUCACCGGUCCCACCGGCUCCGUUAAGAUUGGUGAUCUAGGCUUGGCCACCCUCAAGCGCUCGUCAUUCGCUAAGAGUGUCAUAGGUACCCCUGAGUUCAUGGCACCUGAGAUGUACGAGGAAAAAUACGACGAGUCGGUGGAUGUGUACGCCUUCGGAAUGUGCAUGCUGGAGAUGGCUACCUCUGAGUACCCGUACUCCGAGUGUCAGAACCCUGCUCAAAUCUAUCGCCGAGUCACCAGCGGAGUUAAACCUGGCAGUUUCGACAAGGUAGCCAUUCCAGAGGUGAAAGAGAUCAUCGAGGGAUGUAUUCGCCAAAACAAAGAUGAAAGAUACGCCAUCAAGGACCUUCUGAACCAUGCCUUCUUCCAGGAGGAGACUGGGGUGCGGGUGGAGCUGGCUGAAGAGGACGAUGGGGAGAUGAUCGCCAUCAAGCUCUGGUUGCGUAUUGAAGAUGUCAAGAAACUGAAAGGCAAAUACAAAGACAACGAAGCCAUCGAGUUUUCCUUCGACCUCCAUCGGGACGUGCCAGAAGAUGUGGCUCAGGAAAUGGUUGAGUCUGGCUAUGUUUGCGAGGGCGACCACAAAACCAUGGCCAAGGCCAUCAGAGACCGUGUGUCCCUGAUCUGCCGCAAACGAGAGCAAAGACAACAGGUGCGAGCCGAGCAAGAGAAACGCAAGCAGGAAGAGGAGCAGAAGCAGUUGUCCAGCGAGUCUUUGAAGAACGUGCCCAGCUCUCAAGGUUCUGCACAGAGCCAGUGUGGUUCCCAGCCUCCAACUCCUGGCCUCGUCCAGCCCGAGUGUGAGGAGCCUGAUGUUGACCAUCAGCUUCAUUACAUGCAAAGUGGAAUGACCUUGGCUGACGGGAUGCUUGACAGUGGUCAGGGUUCAUCCGUGUUCUCAGAACCUCACCUCAGCCAGCUCAGCAUGUCGUAUAGUUCUCCUGCCGCGUCGCAACCCCAGCAGGUGCCUGGACAGGCCGCCUACCCUCCCAGCUCUCAAGCUCCCCAACAGCACACCACAUACCCCCAGCAGCCCAUGCCGCAAUCAGCAAGUCAGCCAUACGGUGGAGGAGGCUCAGGUCUGGUCGAGCCCCCGCUCUUUUACCCCACCUUCCCGGAACGGCCCGUCUCGUUCUCCCCCCCACCAUCUUGCCCGCCUAAAGCUUUCAACGUGCAGCGCCGCAAGAGCACCUCCAUCCUGGAGGCCCACACGCGUCACUUCCAGCCCGCCUACCAUCGUAGCUACGGCAGCAGCCUGCACCCAUUUUCUGGCAUGGAAGCUCUGGGACCCGGCGUCGAACCCUCCCUGUUCAUGAUGCCCAGUAUGGUGCCUCAAAGAUUGGCUGAGCCACUGCACCUACAGCCCCCAGCAGAGUCAUUAUACGGAUAUAAGGACGUGAGGGCCGAGCAAGAGGAGGCUGUACGCAGACUCAGCCUCAACCAGGCUGCAUUAAUGGACCAUCUGGAAGCCAUGGCCUAUAGUGGCUACCCUAUGACUGCGCAUCAGCUAAGCCACAUCAGCUUCCAUCAGCAAAUGCAGGCUGCCGCUGCUGCUAGCUUGGCCUAUGAGACUCAAUCACAGCCUGGGCCAGCUUACCUACACCCUCAUGUCCAGAGCCACAUACGCUUGACCCACAGCCCCAUCCCGCAACUGCCUCCCAUGAGUGUGUCUAGCUCUGCCUCUGCACCGCAGCAAACCACAGCUGCAGAUCCAGCGUAUCAGCCCCACUCUUUUCCCCAUUCCGCACCACCCAUCUUGGCUCAUACAUCCGAGCCGAGCACUGCCUUUGAAUACCACAUGCACAACCUCCAGGUGGACCCAGCCGUGCUGGCAUCCAGACUCUAUCGAGCCCGCCGGGGCUCCAUGGACCUUAACCUCGAGGAACCGACUGGCAACCAGGGCUUGUGUGGACGACUACAGCCUGUCACCGAAGAACUAUACAGCUAUGUGAGCCCAGAGCUGCCCCUUCCCCUGGGCAGCCUGCUUCUCCAUGGACCUAAAGAACUCAGUCCUGAACCUUCAAGUGACUCUAUGACCUCCUCCGAUGCUGGGGAGUUCCACUCGCCUCCGCCUCAUCAGUUGUACCAACCUCAAGACUGUUCCGCUGCUCAAUCCAUCCCACAAACGUCUUACUACAAAACAGGUGGAGGGAGUAACAUCAGCGAAGGACACCCACCCAGUCAGACAACGUUUCUGUUCGUUCCACCUUCUGAAUCGUCCACCGUUCCGUCCUCGCACAUCACUGCUCUGCACAGUACUUGGGCCCGUCAACCAUCCCUUCCACCGGACCUCACAUACCACGAGCCUGCCUUGUCCCAUCAGGGCGCUACCUUGGUGCAGGUCCCAAUCCCUCAGUCCACAAGUGCCAUGUCUCUGGUUUCCUGCAGCACCCCAUUAGCCGCUUCUGCUUCUCAACAGUAUGGAGGUUACUACGUCCAAGCACUCCCUUCGCAGGCUGCUAUUCCGCAACAGGCUUCUCUGGGGCCGACAUCCCAACCAGGAGUCUCGUUACACCAACAGCCUCCCAGCACUGUGGUUCAGAGCAGCUCCCAGAUGCAGGUCCAGCCCGGCCCCCAGCCCACACAGCUUCUCUGCGCGCCAACCAUAGCAGCUGCCCCGUUUCCACAGCAACCAGUGCCUGAAGCGCUGACAUGCCUGGCAGCUGUGCCUGCUCCAGCCACGUCCCCAUCAGCGCUGCCGCCCCAUCUGCCCCAAUUGGUGCCGCCUCUAAUGACACCUGUGCCAACCAUCCAUGUGGCCACAGUCCCUUCCCCCAACGAACAUCCAUGUUUGCCAUCAGACACCCCAGCGCAGACAUCUCAUAGCGUCUCUCAGACUUUGACGACAGAGCUGUCACAACUCCAAACUCCUGCUGUGGAGAGCUGUCAUUCUGAUGUGGCAUCUGGGCAUAGCGAUGGUAAUGAGGGCGUAACGGGUGGCAGGCAUGAGGGUCGUUCUGCCAAAAGACACCAGCGCAGAUCAGUACGCAGCCGUUCACGCCAUGAAAAAACCUCAAAGGCUAAGCUCAACGUUCUUAAUAUAUCCAGAAUGGGCGAUAGAGUUGCGGAGUGUCAAUUAGAAACACACAACAGAAAAAUGGUGACUUUCAAGUUUGAUCUCGACGGCGAUAACCCAGAGGAAAUUGCACAGAUAAUGGUACAAAGUGAAUUCAUUCUAGAGAGCGAGCGCGAGUCCUUCAUCGAGCAGAUUCGAGAGGUCAUAGAAACAGCAGAUGAGAAAGGUGUGGAGAGAGAGCGCAGCCAGACGAUUAGUGAUCACGAGCAGCAUAUGCCCACCACAUCUGCACCUCUUGAACAAGGUGUGCCACCUAGUUCAGCUGCCCAGGUGGUCCACUCUGCAGGCCGAAGGUUUAUCGUGAGUCCAGUGCCUGAAUCCAGACUGAGGGAACAGUUCUUUAGCUCACCCCAACCCACAAUCGAAGAGCCUUCAUCCUUUGUGUCAGUUGCACUGCCUGCCUUGGGGCUUUCUAUGUCUGCGUCUGCAGUUAGUCUACAGCAGGCGUUCUCUGAAAUGCGCCACGGCCGUUUUGACCCAGGUCCCAGCACUGCGCCGCCUAUGCUCCAUGUCUCCAUGCCCCCUCUGGUUCCCGCCGCAGCACCCUUGCCCUCUAGCGCCACGCCGGUGGUCCCUCCCACAGUGUCUUCUGAAGUAACCUCUUCACCAUCUCUACCCUCUGUCUCCAUAAACCCUCCAGGGUCAUCGUCUCCUCCUCCUACCCUUCCUGCCUCCUCCGUGACCUUCCCUCCAGCCCAUUCGCAACUCCCUCUGCCUCCAAGUCAAGCUGCACCUGCCAUCAUCAGUGUUAUUUCCACUCCUUCCUCUCUGCCAAUGCCAGCUGUGCCUGCCACCACAUCCUUCCCCCAAACCUCAGUCCCCAUGCCCGCACCUGCCUGUACUGCAUCCCCGCUCGCUCACCCCGUGAGUCCUAGGGGAUCUGUUUCUGGUGGCAGUAGUGAACAGCCACCCAUCCCCUCCACUUCAGCUCAGCUCACACCACCGGUCAUCCCCACCACAGCCAUCCAGACACCGCCGCUCGCACCAUCCACCACCACGGUUAUUCCCACUUCGGCUGCUCAGUCACAAGUGCCCACCCUCCAGCCGGUUACCACCAACAUACCCGUCGUGCAGCCCACACCCAUGCACAGCCAACCUCAAACCUCCACCGUGCCCAAUCAGAGCCAUGCACAUUGUGUAGAAUGUGACAGCGACCCGCAGGGAAAGGGUGUUGAUGACAUUCAGGCUCUAGAUAAAAAGCUGCGCUCACUCUUCAUGGACCUGGGCUCUGGUCCUUCCUCUGCCCAGUCUGAUGUCACAUCUGACCCCAUGGUGGCCACAAGCGUCCCUGGCACCUCCUCUCCAACUGCCUGCGCCACCCCUAGCGGCACCCCUCUCCCUCCCUCUAGUUUACCCCUUAACUCCGGUCAGCCCACAGGCUCUCCCAUGACAUCCAUGGGUAAUGCCUCCACACCGGUCGGCUACAGUCAGACGACUCCAUCCAAAGCACCAUUAUCAAGAUUACCGGUGCUGCCUGUCGGCCCAGAUCAGGCUGGCACGCCACUCACAGAGCACCUACCACCCUUCCCAGGACCUUGUUUAACUCAGUCCCAGCAGCCCCUGGAGGAUCUGGAUGCCCAGCUGAGACGGGCGCUGAGUCCAGAGACCGUCCCAAUCAAUAGUGUCACGCACCAGUCAUCUAUCACUGGGAUGCCACCUGGAGGACAGCCAGUUCCGUUUUCUCUGGAUGAUGAGACAGCAGCUGCACCUGCAGCUGGAGGAUACAAACUGGGACGAUUCCAGGUGUCAGCGGCUCCUGAUGAGAACGCCCCGCAGGCUCCCACCACCUCCCAUGACUCAUCCUCCACAUCUUCUUCCUCCACCACCACCUCCUCUUCAUCAUCCUCCUCCACUCUCUCUAGCCCCGAGAACACGCUGCACCGAACCUCCUCUCACCUUAGAGACACGAAAGCAGAUUUGGUUGACGGCCUCCCUGCUCUCCCCAACCAGACGACAACCCAUCCCCAGCCCACCACCAUUGGCCGUUUCCAGGUGACCUCCAAGACUGACACACAGGUGGGCCGUUUCUCAGUGAGCAGAGAACAGGACGAGGCUGCUGUAGCAAGAUUACAUUCCCCAGAACCCCAGCCGGCACCUCAAGCCCAUCUAGCUGUAGGCAACGGUCCGGCUCAGAGCCCCGGGAGCCUCAACAACUCUGUCAGCUCCUACUUCAGCAGUGACAAUGACUCAGAGUUUGAAGACGAGGACUUUAAGAGAGAAGUCAGCAAGCUGAGGGAGAAGCACAUGAUGGAGAGUCAGGCUCUGUACACCCGGCAGAAGGCAGAGAUUGAUGCCCUUUUUGCUCGCUUGGGCAAAGCACCUCCCACCAUGGUCAACCCUCCCGUUGCGAACCCAGCCGGCCGCAGACGACGUCCCACCAAGAGCAAAAGCAGCAAAUCCAGCCGCAGUAGCUCACAGGGAAGCAAGAGUCCUGUACAGCCAGCAACCAGCACUUUAUCCGCACAGAGCGCUCCCUCUGUGUACCCGCCUCAACAGGCCUUCCUGGCCCCUGGGGGGAGCAGCCCACUGCUCCAGUCCUUCAAACCCUCCCCUUCUAAUGAGAACCUGUGCUCCGCUUACACCAGUGACGCCACACUCUCUGCGCCCAGUUUGUGUGUCACCUCGCAAGGGAAGAUGGUGAAAAAAGUGUGCCCCUGCAACCAACUCUGUAGGACAAGCAGCACCAACACGGUGGCGGGAACCGUUCAGAAUCAAAACCAGCCGCCCGUCUCUCAGUCCCAGAGCUGCAAGGGCAUGUUCACAGACGAGCUGCACAAAUUGGUGGACAACUGGGCCAGGGACGCUAUGAACCUGUCGCAGGGCAAGAGAGGCUCCAAGCACCAACAACAAGUGGCUCCUCAGGGCCACAGCUACGAAAUGGUUCCUCCUACCAAUAUGGGCCGCAAGUACUCAGCUCCUGGCCAGCUGUGCCCAAGCAUCGCUUCAACUCUGAGCGGCCACCCGCCCAUGCCCAACACUCCCGCUACCUCUCUGGGGGCCCGGAAGGGCUCCUUGUGUCCCACGCCGCAGUAUGGCUACCCCUCUGCACCUUACAGCACCCAGUGGGCUGGUUCGGUCGCGCACACCCAGGCCGGUCUGCUGGCCACCUCGCAACCCCUGGGACAGUAUCCCCAGGUUCCCACCUCUUUACAGACCUUCCACAUCAGCACUUUGCAAAAGUCAGUCAGCCACCCGGGUGGACCCAACCUGAAGACCACGUAGGGCAGGGCCUAGCCGUGCCAGGCCUAAAUAACUCUCGAAUUGGGGGAAGGAACGGGGGCAGAUUGGGCAAGCGUUUGUGUGCAUUGCAGAGAUUCUGUCACAAGAGUUGAUAGUUGAGAAAGAAGAUGCCAGAAUCUGCAUGCAUGCUCACAGAUAUGCCACGGGGAUGAUGCACAACGAUGCACAACGAUGCAAGGGAUUAGAGAAGAUGAAAAUAAAACAACAGACACUUGUGUGCAAUGUUACGUGGCCAAAGAAGGUGUGACCAUUUUUAUUGUUAAGGUGUGUAGUGAUGGCAUCCUUCACCACCCAACCCCAAACAUUUGUCAAGGGGUUCGAUUAGAGGUUUGCUGACCUAAAAUGGAAUGAAUGCCACCGGCAUCCAUCCGUAUAUCCUCCUGAUAAAUUCAUACAUCAAACAUGUCAACAAAACCGGAGGUCGGGUGGGUGACUGUGAGCACUGAGCAGCGAAGAGACGAACCUAGUUCCCCUCUUGCCCUAAACCCUCUGCUGCAAUGCCAUGGAACAAUGCAAUAAUUACAAUGGUUAAAAAAAAGCCCAUUUUAAAACACAGGAAGUGGCCUUCAUUAGAUAAAAGGACAAAAUCCAUGUACAGAUUUCCUUUGUUUUUAAAUUGGGUAAUGAGGGUUUGAUUUCAUUCAUUUGGUUGGUUGGUUUUUCUUCCCUAUGCCCUUCAAGCCGGCCUUGUGUAGCAGAAUGUUAGGGACAGUACUUUUUUUUGUCACAUGUUCAGAGGCCUUUCAACUGCCUGUACUACAAAGCUCCUACAUGCAUCCCAGCAUGCAUAUUCACACUCUUACCGUCCUCUUCCGGUUUUCUCGUCGGGCCACACCACAAGGUGACUUGUAAAAUGGUGGAUAAAAUCAGUUGGAUUGGGUUUUGGAUACAGGAUUGGUUACCUUGGAGGCCCGUGAAGCUUUAAAUAUAUGGCUAAUUAUCAGCUUUUUCUAAUCAUGGCAGCAUUAGGGACCUCUUACGAUAGUUUGAUCGAGACAUUCAAAUAAGAAGUCGUGUUCUAUAUGAACCUGUAUUUACUCAUCAGUUUUUGAUGUUGAAACACUGUGAUUAUUAUAAAUGUUGUUGGACAACAUUAGAGACAAAAAAAAAACAUGAAAUUUUGGAGGGUUUUGGAUAUUAGCGUUCAUGAGAUGUAAGGCUAGCUAUUUCAUCUUAUUGGGAGACACUUUAACCCUUUUUUCCCCUUUGUACUUAAUUUAUAUUAUUAGAUAAAUGUGAAUGUAAAUGGAUUCAAUUAACGUACUUGAAGAAAAGAAUCUUUCCAUCUUUCCCUAAGCCCGGUGAGCUUUCUGAAGAUUCUAGUGCCUUGCUUUAUUUUUGUGUUACUUUUUUUGCUUCGGGGUUUGAUAUAUAAGGCAGCGGAGAGUCUCUGGUUGGAUUGUUGGACUUCACAGAGGGUGAUUAUUAAUAUAUUGCAGGAACAAGGUGUUGUUUUGGAUGCCGUUUUGAAUUGGUUACGACUGAAACCAUUUGAUGGCACAGUCCUCGUUGCAAAAAGCUUCAUAUAUAAGGUGCGCAAACACACAAUCCAGCCAUUAUAUCGCAUUCAAAGGCUGUGAAAGUGCUUGAGGGUUGAGUUUUAGAUACUUAGAUCAAUCUACCUUAGUAUGCAAGUGUAAGUGUGCCUAUCAUCAGCACAUAGAUGAGUCAUUUAAACUUCUUUCGACAACCACGGUGUCUUUGUUUUCCAGAUGGAUUCUGAAACAGCGUGAACGGUUCUUGUGAAGGUGAGGGAUCGGCUCAGAUAGAAACGCAGGACGGGGAAAGUUAGUACAUAUGGCACAGUAUGUUGUAAGUAUUUCAAAACCACCAUUAGCUUAGAUGUUUUUCCAGAACUGCUUAAUUGGUUUUGACGCCAUCCAGUGUCGAAUCCUCUCCAGGUGUGCAUAGGGAGACACGUUUGACUCAUUUAGUAACAGAUGUGACAGCAAGUCUAGAAAAGGACCAGAAAGGUGGGAAAAGACAGUUAGCAACCCUCACCGACACAGCACUGUUAAAGAAUAUUUCUCGCUGGUUUCUCAUCAAUCCGCUUCUUUUUAACUCUCACUGCCCAUGUAAGUUCUCACACCACCGUAUUGACAACGGCAUUCGGUUUUAUGGCAGAUCAGUAGCUUCUUUCGGAGGAUCGCACUCUCUCUCUUUUUGUAGCAGUCAGUCAAAUCACUCUUGUAAAUGCUUUGGUUUAUUCAAAAUACUAGACCUGCAGUGUCAAACUACCUUUUAGCACAUUCGACUGUGCAGAUGAAUAGAGAACAGUCCUGAUCCACCAGAAACAAAUGUACAGAUCCUUAGAGCAUUUUAUUUGGGGUACAAAAACAUAGUGGAGAUGCUCUCAUCACCUUAACUACUGAAAGGACUUAGAUUACAACUCGUUACAUACUGCUUAGUGUGCCGUCUGCGUGAAACGUCUAGUACAGGAACUUCACUUUAGGUCAACUGUACAGUUUAGAUUCUCAACUGGCUCUCUAUAUUCAAAAUCUGAUCGUUUUACCUUUAUCUCUUGCUUUGUACACAACGCUUUACCUGUAGACAGCUCGUUUUUACCCACUUUACGUCGCUCGGUUUGUUCAAACUGUGAACACAUCAAAAGGUCUUUAACAAAGAGGUCCAACCUGCUCAGUGUUCAGACUAAUGAAAUAGUACCUUCUGAGUGCCAUGUCCCUGUUCCAGAUAUGACGUAAGUGUUCAUUUGCUCUCGCUAUAAGAAACGGGUCCCCCCGUUUGACUGUAGAGGGUGCUAAUGUAACUGCAGUGCAGGACUACAACAUUAAACGAGAUUCACCUCUGACCUCUGAUGUAAAUGAUACAGCACCUUGGGAAAUAAAAAAAAAUUCCUUUUUCUUUGCUUUGAAAAAAACAUUUGUUUGUAGCGUGCUGAUGUACGAACGAGCCAUUCAGUAUCGCUAGACAUUCAGUUUAUGAUG